UGCCACUACUGCUAGUUAGUUGGCUGUGUGUCUGUCCUCUCGCGUCAGCGGCAGCGGCACGCGCGCGAGAGGCUGAAGAGGCCGUCAGAGUGGAGCGGACAGAGGCAGCAAGACAGACCGCUCGUACCAGUGGGCCGCACAAGCAGUCAAGCGAAUAGUGGUAGUUGUAGCAGCCUUGAGGGCGAAGUAAGCGCGAACCCGCUACCUAACCGAACCGGCUGAGUACGACGAAGAUGAAGCCAGUGGUUGUGUCGUAGCUGCUACGACUGUUACGAGUAUGUAGUGGUGAUAAUAUUAAUAGUAAAAAUCAUGAUCGUCAAGGCAAUGUUGUUAAGGCUAGUGGUGCUGGUGAUCUAAUAAGUGGAGUGCGCAGUCAACCGAAGAGAUAGUUGGACCGAUAAGUUUCGCGCUCUUGACCACUUAUCUUUGGGCAAACUAGAUCUAUCCUUCGCUCGCAACCGCUCAUAAUCUAGUUUCGGAUUUUUUUCAGUCAAAAAAUCGUUUGUGUUUCCCCGUGGCCUUCCGCGGUACAUUUCACUGAUCGUACAACAAUCGCCGGUCCUACAGCUUGUGCCAUUUCUGCUUCUAAACUGUGGCCAUAAUUUGUUAGUGUGUGUAUUUCUGUUCCCCCUUCUAGAAUGAGCGAAUAAUCUCUGAUACUCGGUCGACGAACGUCAACUGAGAACAACGGCAGGUAUACGCUCACAACGAUCGAAUGGCGCAGGAUGGUGCUCACAAAACGGCCAAGAGACGUCGGGUUGAAUACGUAGAGGGUACGUUUUGCCCAUCCGUCCCCCCAUUGCAUUUUGAAAGGAAACGAAGCAGCUGCCAUAAGCAAUACAGUAAAAAUACACCCCAUCGUCUAGUUAAUAACAAAGAAAACUGUUUUGUAAAAAAGUCUUAAACAGGCUGCGAGGGGUGCAACAGAAGGUCAAAGAACACUUACUUAAUUGCGUCUAAAUAUGAUUUGAAGAUCUGUGCACCAGUUUUUGCUUGUGAUUUAUUUGAUCUGUUAUUCUGUAUCCUAACGGGGUGAUAGAACAGGACAGAGAACUGACUAGUGGGUUAAAAGAUUGAGAGAAUACUGAUCGGGUUCACAGGCCUGUCCGCUUGGUCAUAGAAUACGCUUGGGAACUGCUGUUUAAAUGUUGUUACGGCCAAUUCGAUUGUGUGUGUAUGUAUGUCGGUGUACGAACGUUUGCAUUUACCCAGCGAACCAGCUUUGGCACCGAAUCGCACUCACUGACUGACGACUACUCUUUAAUAUCUCUAUACAAGUAAAAUUAGCACAAUCACGUGCAUCUGUGAAUGAGUACCACUGAAUUUUUUGACUCUGCUGUUGGAGGGAAAGCCAUCAAGUUAACGCAAGGAAGGAGAUAUAGGGUGGCAUGAAAUAACUAGAGACGUCCGAACGGCUGCUAACCUCACAUAAAUAAAGGACUGACCAUCGGUCUAAACGCAGUUGCUGCCGCCAGCGCCAUUGUUUCUAUCGAUGUUGCCCUGUGAUCGAUUACGCGGGUAAUAUAUUUUUCGACAAUAACCCGGCUAUAGGGAACGAGUUAGAAUGACGAUUGUCGAACGGCCAGUGAAAUUUGGAAACCAGACAUUACAGUUACCGUUACCACAGUCACGACUGUUACUGCCACGGUUUCUAUGAAGAUUUUCUGCCACGCGAGUUUCAUGGCCAAGCUAGAGACAACAGGUCGAAUCGAAACAUCAGUAAACGUCGGAAUGUAUUAGCAUAGAAACGGAAGGGGGUUGCAGUUAGUGGUGUGUUGACGCGCCGCGUAGGGCUGGGCAGGGGGUGUGCUCCGCCCCACGCCGCCAUCAAUUAUUGCUAAUAAAAUCUGCUAUUACUGCUACUAUUCCCAACGACAACCGUGAAGAACCGAAUUCAACGCCGGCGACACCAGCCAUACUACUUUUCUGUAAAAGAACGCCUAGUCGUAUUUUCAGAGUUAACGUCUCAAGCGACGAGUCCAGCAAGUUCCAGACAGGUACACGUACAAGUGAACAAUCUGAACCGGAACGUAACUUACGCAAACGCAAUAGAACAACAGUCGCAGCGUAACUACGACAGGAUCAUCUCGUUAUAAUUUGUACAUACAUUCGGAACGUGUUUGGCAUUAGCGAAUUGGGAUAGCAAUACGAACAACAUGACGAAUGCACUAAGUUACGCAUAACAGCCCCAGGGCAUAAUUAAGCCCUUCAUGCAAUAAUAAAUGACGAUAAACAAGCGGCGUGCGAAUGGUCGUCUAUUCGUCAUGUGAAAAUAAAUGGAUGUUGUUUUUUGUGAGCCUUAAGUGUCCGACGUAAGUUCUCACCGUUUGUUCGUUCGGUUAUCACUGCAUCAUCAAUCAACCACCAUACGUCAAUCAACGUAUUCUGGAAAUAUUCAUUGCUGUUUCUCAUUUUUAUCAUUUGUGCACACUGUGGAGUUAAAGCGCACGUGCGGAACAAAAGCACAAACACACGUGCAAUACAUACAAACACAUACACAUGCAACGAAGUACUAUGUCAUAUUACGAAGUAGUGAUAGUAACUGUACUAAAAAAAUCGGAAAACUUCGUCGCUUUUUAGCAGCAGGGUGACACGAAGAAGUCAUCUCACAACAACAACAACAACUACUACGUCAAAUUUAGAAAAAGGCGCUCAACAAACGAGGCCCGACGCUUCAACGAGCCGCUAGUUUCCUUAUGCGAAUGCACAUCGCUAUCCUACGAUCACAAGGAGACGAGGCGUAGAGCCCAGCCAUGAUGGCGGCACCUCAGGCGUGUUUAGUAGGUCGAAAUCUUUUGGCCACUAUUUUAGCGCUUUUGCUAGGGAUGACCAUUUGUCUGCCUACUGACACCGUCACAACAGGCCCCAACGAAGAAGAAUCUGGACUGCACAAAAGAGAUAUUGACUCGGCGUUCGACGAUUUCCCCGACAACAAACGGCUUUCAGCGGUUGAGCGUCUAAAGCGUUACCCAGAGAAUGAGCGUCUGAUUGCAUCAAUUCCUUCUCGAAUAUAUGAAGUUAUCUAUCCCGUGCAGGUGAGGCACCAUCAAAAAGUCGGAAUCUCAACGCGAGACGUCAGCUCGAACAAGACGACAAAACACUACCAUCAAACAUCGUUACUUAUUAAAGCGUUUCAUUACAAGUUCCGAUUGGAACUCGAGCUCAAUGAUAACCUCAUCAAGUCAAGCAUCCCUCAGAAACAUCUUAUGCCCAACGGGAACUGGCGACGAACUCACCAGGAGAUAGAGCACUGUUAUUAUCAUGGCAUCGUGAAAGACUAUCCUGGUGCACUGGCUGCGUUUCGAACCUGCAACGGUAUUAGCGGAGUGAUUCACAUUGCAAACGAGACCUUCGUCAUUCAUCCCUUCUACGGCGGAGAUUUAUCGAGAAUCCAUCCUCACGUAAUAUACAAGUACUACAACACCAAUCUAACUCAAUAUAUUUGUGGUAACUCGAAGAUGCAUCAAUGGGGCUUUAAACAUUUUCGAAAGUUGCACCCACCUUCGCGCUAUAAGAAUCUAUUCUUCGCGACAUCCACCGAAGAGCGAGAUGUCCGAGAAGUGACGAAGUACAUCGAACUCGCCCUGGUGCUCGACAAGGCAAUGUUCGAUGUGCGGAAUGUCACACAGACUGAAGUGAUGGCCGAUGCCAUCCAGAUCAUCAACUGCGUGGAUAUGUAUUUUCGCCAGUUGCUCACCCGAGUGUCCAUAGUGUAUAUUGAGACGUGGCAGGGUGGGGACCAGAUUGAGAAAAGCACAGAUAUCAAACAAACCCUAAUCAGUUUCCUCGAUUAUUCCUCGAAAAAUCUCUACCAGCAACAUUCUGAUGCACGUCACCUUCUCACUGGGAAGUCUCCGUGCAAGAUGGCGUCCGCCCCGGGCAGUCUUGGCGCCUGCUCUGGUCAGCAAGAAGUUGGCAUGGCCAUCCCCGACACCAUAUGCACUGCGAAGGCAGUAGGUGUCAGCGAAGAUACAAACGUCUACGAGCCGCAUCUCGUGGCGUCCACAGUCACGCACAUGCUCGGUCAUAACCUGGGCAUGACUCAUGACACCGAUAGUUGCGCCUGUGAUGACUCCUGGGGUUGCAUCAUGACGCCCGGCAUUCUCGGUCACAAGGGCUCGACGCACGUGCAGCCUUCCCAUUUCUCCAAGUGCAGCUAUAAUGACUACAUUUCGCAUGUUCGUGUGGGGCACGGCGUGUGCCUCUUUAACAAACCAGGACAACUCGAGGACUUUAAGACCUGCGGGAAUGGCGUUGUUGAGGAGGGAGAGCAAUGCGAUUGCGGGUCGAUCGAGGAGUGCGCCAAGGUGGACCCAUGUUGCGAUCCUAUCACGUGCCGACUCCGAAUGGAGGCCAACUGCUCCGCGGGCGCGUGUUGUGAUAACUGCAAGCUUCGACCGGAAGGGUAUCGAUGUCGGCCUGCGGAGUCAGAGUGCGAUUUUCCUGAAUUUUGCAACGGACGUUCCGGGGACUGCCCAAUGGACAUUUUCCGACAGAAUGGUGAAGAGUGUAAGGCUGGCGCCGGGUAUUGCUUCGGUGGUCGCUGCGAGACGCCCGAUGAACAGUGUGAAUUCGUAUGGGGCUUUGGAGCGACGAAGGCUGAUGAUGCCUGUUUCGAAUACAAUCUACAGGGAAUGCAGAACGGCAACUGUGGAGAAGACUUUAACGGAGCAGGAUAUAUCAAAUGCACCCGAGAACACAUGAUGUGUGGCAGCCUGCAAUGUCAGCGUGGGGGCCGCACUCCAGUUCUUCCGGGCUUGGAAAAGUACACCCGCAUGAACAUCGCCAAAGACUCCACAGAAUACGAGUGCAAAGCGACCACGGGCAACGCUGGAGAUAAUGUUGAGUACGGCCUUGUAUUCGACGGUACGAAGUGUGGGGAGAACGCGAUCUGCGUGAAUCGUACAUGUCAGUCAGUUUCGCUACAUCGCCCAGUUAGAGCUUGUCCUACGCGCAAUGGCAAAGAGUGUUCCGGAAGCGGGCUGUGUUCCAACGCCAACAUCUGCUAUUGCAACGAAGGAUAUGUGGGCAAUGAUUGCAGCACGCCGAAACAGCCCGCUAGCCCAGGCGAGGACGGCUCGGUUGACUCAGCGAAUUCGGAUCCGAAUUCAGACAAUGCCAAUAAUAAUAAUAAUAAUAAUAAUAAUCUCAGUAAUAAGCAGAACACGUACAACAUAAAACAAGGUGGCUCCACUACGGCCAACCCUGCACAACUGCCCGGGUCCACACCUGCCGACAAGACCGGACAGAAUAACAGUGGCAGUAGUCAAAUCAACCAAACUAGCACGACCCAAAACCCGAACGCAAAGAUCAUAACUAAAAAGGGUGAUGGGAGCACUUCGGUCAAGUCGGGCAACACGACAACAACUUAUGUGGCAAGGAAGGACGCACUGGGAGCCCCUUCUUUAGUAAUGGUACUGGUCUCGGUGGUGGGCGGCGUAUUCAUCUUCUUCGCCCUGCUGGCUACCUGCUACCGGAGAAGUACCAUGCCCAAGCUGGAACCUUUUCAACCCAUCAUUCAACAGCAAACGCAGCAGCAACAGUCUACUUCAAGUCAGGCGGCCGUCGCCGCGGCUUUUCUUCAGCAGCAGCAGCAGCAGAAGGCGCACCGGCCAUCGAUGAUGGGGGGGGGCGGGUCAGUCGUGGGCCCGCUGGGGGGUGUUGGCGGCGUCGGGGUGGUUCCGGGCGUGGCGGGUGCCGGCGGGGUACCCGUAGGCGGUCACCCGCUAAUCGGCACCCCAGGGGCGACGCCGCAACUCCACAGCAGGAACCCCAGCCUAGGGGCAACGACUCCUCCCCAGCACAAGACGGCCCUACUGCAGGCGCUGCAGCAGCUCGCGGAAGAUAGAAUCAUCACGUUCGGCAGUAUGCCCUCAUACCGCGAGGACAAACUCAAACAUCAGGCUAAUAACGCACUUGCCAGUGCAAGUCGAUCAUCAAGCAGAGGCGAAGAGACAUUUGUUGAGCUGUCGCCGAACAACCUGAACGGGUCACAAACACAUUUAGGAGGAGGUGUUGGGGUAGGAGUUGGUGCCGUUGGGUCAGUGGGGCCGGUCGGUGUCGGAGGUGUUCCCGAGUGGGGUCCCGAAGGGGACACCCUAUCUGAAGUUGAGAAGACGCUCAAGAGCCUCACAGGCUAUACGUCAGAUGCGAAUACGCAUUCGUCGUACAGCUACCACGAGGAUAUCCUUGAAGCACUGCAACAGCAUCAGCAGCAGCAGCAGCAGCAGCAGCAGCAACAGCAGCAGCAGCGAACCGUUAAUUCAAAUACGGCGACACCGACGAUCAGCCCUGGACAAGAUCACAAGACCUUCGCGCUAGACGAUAGCUCCGCAGCAGCCGCCCUGUCCGGUUCCGGAUCGCUCAGAUUUCGGAACUUGGAGGACCUUCUACGGCAGUUAGAGCAGCAACCUGAAGAACCGGAAGUGGAUCGUCAUUUUAGCAGCGCCGCGACGCGUCACCACACCCUAGACUCUGGUCUCAGAUACCUUCUACAGAGUGCGGGUGCUCCAAACAGCCAGUCGGCUCACGGCAGUCGCUGUCACAGUCGAGUUUCAGUCGGACGUGGAGGAACAACAGGAGGGGACGAAGAUGAAGCAGAAGAGUCUGAAGAAUCGUCGAACACGUAUUCGACGGGGCAAAUCGCUCAUCAGAUCCAGCAAAGAUUACGAUCCGCUUCUGUAGAGGCAAUACCUAUUGGAGGCUUCCCGAGUCCGCCAUCCGAGGAGAGCGGCUCGUACGACGGCGGGGGUGCUCACACGCUGCCGCCGCUGAUCCCCGGACCGCCCGUCAAUGGCAAACGGAAAGUCAAGCGACGCCGUCUUCCCGAGUACAAAGUUUAACAAUAAACUGAACUAAGUGUAAAGGCUAAUCUAUGAAAGCAACGAGAGGAAAGAAGCGUAUGGAGAAAAGCAGUGAAGGCAAACCAAUACAGCCGGUAAAUUAAGUACAUGUGGAAGCCAAGGUAGGCUUGAGAAUAGUCCAUGAGAGUACAGAGGUCUGGUCUUGGCGAAACCGCAAUGAAACGAAAACAUAAGUGAACAAACGAACGUGCACAAUUUGACGAAAGACACUUGAUUCACGUCAAUUGUCACAAUGUGAGACACAGAAUAUGCCACAAAUAUGGAUAGAAGAAAAGCGGGGCCGGAUAAAUUGAGAAUAGUGCAUAUGUAUAUGAUGGAAAAUGAACCGAAAUUUUGAUGUGUGUCCCCUUAUCGUUAUAUAUUGAGGCGAGGCAGAAAUGCGUGAGGGCAGGUCGGGGGAUAGAACACGGCAUGACGGACAGCGUGGCGCCGCGCCAGAACAUGGACUAUCAGCACGCUUCUGUCAAGGCAGCGAGGUGGGAAUCAGAUUCCUACUUCGGCCGAGGUACAGUCCGCUCGAGAUAAGUGUAGCAUGAUCAUUAACAACGAAAAGCAACCUCAGUAACGGCGGCAGGAAGAAGCAACGCUCGAGAGUAAUAGUAACUGUUCUUUGGUUUGCGAUAGAGACUCAUGCGGAACUCGUCCGGUCCAUGGUUGAAACAAACGUGCGUGUCAUUUGUAGCUAUUCACUAUGACAGUUGAGUCAAUAGUGGUGUCUAUUUACCAGUAGAAUCGUUAAACAGAGUACGCUAGAAAUAACAGGCAAGAUGGCCAGAUUAUGAUCCCCUUGACCACCUGCCUGUUUUUUAUGAGGGAACGCCUCUGGACUGCUCCAGAAAGCGCCAUAGAAUCCUUUAAAGUAACCAGCGAAUGUCCAAUGGGCGCAUCCAUCGUUAAAUAUAGAGAGAUGCAAAAGAGUAGAUGCAGCAGUUCAGUUGCUGAUCUCCCGUUGUUCUUUAGCGAUGGAUUCUCGUUGUCCAAGACGCGUGUACGUAAUAGCGAUGACACAGCGACGUCUGCAUGAGCGGCAAACGCAGCAGACGCCCAAACCACAACAACAAAUCAGAGAGCAACAACAGCACAAUCGAUACAACAGUGGAAGAACAGAAAUGACACAUCAUUAUUACAAUGAUAUUACUAUAAUUAGAAAAAAUAAUGACGAUGAAGAAUGAUGUCAGUGAAAAUACAAAGAGCAGAGCAGAGAACAACAGAGCAUUCACUGUCGUCAGUCAACCGUUGCCCCAGCAAGCAGAAGCGUAACCCCUUAAACAAUAGUAAUCACUAUAAUGAUAAUAAUAGUAAGAGAUGACAUACAUUGUAGUGAGCGAAUGUGUUACAAGGUGUUCAGGUCUAAGGGUAGGAAUACGUAGGAAUAUAUAGGAAAAAGAGCAAAUACAUAUUGAUGGUUUUUUAGGUGAGAUACUCCCGUUUGUUAGUGGACAGACGGAGAUGAUUGACGCCGAUGAUGGUAAGAAUGACAGCGAUGCCAGGGACCGAAAAGGGCGAGUAGUCACAGGAACUCCAUUGCGGGAAAAUAAAACGAAAUAUGAUUACAGGAUAAAGGCGACAAAAAUAAUGCAUGACGAAGCCAAGAAAUAUCAACACACUCGCUGGCCUUCCAAUAUAUAAAUAGUCGUAUUCUAGUUGAACAGAAGAGAGUCAGGGAUUGAUUUGACAGAUUGAUGAUAAAAACGAAAUAAUGAAUCCAAGGGUAACUCGUGACAAAUACUCGCUAACUCGUAUGAGUUCUAAUAACGAUUAUAAUAAUUCACGUUAUUAUAGCUAUAUAUAUAUAUAUAUAUAUAUAUAUUGUGAUGGGAACCGCAGUCUAUUUAACACCAAAAAAAGAAGUGCUCAACCAACAAAAGGUGAUUAGGAAAUAAAAAAAAUUGGGUAUAUAUAAUGAUGAUGAGCAGAAUCGUACUACCAUUACAAAGCGCACUUGGUCAAGGAACGGGAAAGGAUCUCGCAGGAGACGCAGGAAACAACGCUGUCCCGAGAAUGGAAGCUGCUAACAGAAGCGACGUAGUCAAGCCACAACCAGAGAGGGCAGAGUUUCAUAGGACUGAACUCUUGACGCAUGUUUAUAAAAAGCUGAUCGUAGUUAGAGCUACCUAAUAGAAAUAAUGAUAAGUAUAUUAAUGAGAAGGAAUGACGACGAUCAGGUGAUAAUAAUAAUUAAUUGAAAUAGCGCCGUACAGUAAGACACAGUAGCCGAGAUUGAUUCAAACAUCAUCAGCAGAGGCGCUAACGGCAUGCGGCGAUGUGUAUGAGCGCACGGAGAAAUAGAGUAGCCACGAUUGAUGAAAUGCUGAUUGUUACAUAUUACGUUUGUAUAUGGCAGGACAAGUUGUUAAUGCGGCAACAGGGUACUUUGAAUUGCUAUGUAUUGGGUUACGGUUGAUUGGACCUUUAAUAAGUUCUAUAUGUUUUCUCUGCUCUCGAGCAUACGUUUAGAGGCUAUUGCCGAUCGACUUCAACACAUCAACACACUGAAGUUCAUGGACGACAAGUAUGAGCUCGUCUAUUAUAUCGAAGCCAUGAUAUUCGUCUGCCAAAAGCAGAAGUCGAAUUUAAACCAGACAUUGAAAUUUUGCAUGUUUACGAGUACACGCACAAUUGAUUCUACAGACCAGGAUGUGGCAGCAGUUUUCUCUUCGGGGUUACUAACAUUCAUCACGCCAUGGUUAUUUGCAUGGGGCUAGACCCCUUUAAUCUCGAAGUCAUCUGCGAGUAAAGGCCCGCCUAGCUUUUGUGUCAUUUUUGAUAAUACUUGAUCGCUGGUCGAGUUCGGUGCCACCAUUUAAGCUAGCUCUUGAAAUCAAAAACGUUCCGCUCUCUAAUAUCUGCUUUUAGUUAUUCAUCUGAUCUAAGAAUAAGCCUGCACCAGGAAAACAUUGGCCUUUUGAAGGUCGUGCGAUAGGUGACAGGAUCUAACUGUUCGGACAAAGAACAUUUUAGGUGAAAUAUAAUGCUUUGUUGUACAAGGAAAAUUUUCUCUCGUUGAUGGCCACUCCUUCGCGACUUACCAAUGUAGGAGAGUCUCGCGAAAAUGCAAACAUCUACAUCACGAUGAGUUGAGAACAAUCUCACUCUCUUUGCGCACUGUGAAUCCAGGAGUAUCAGCUCCCAUUCAUCGCCAAAGCUUCAGUUCCGCGCACGUUAGGCACAUCUGUAUAAAGCUAUCACCGGCCUUUAUGCUAGUCAUCCUCGAAAAUCAUCAGUCAGAGGCAGCUAUAUGGGCCGCAUGGUGUGAAGCCGGAGAAAAUACUUUUAAAAUAUACUCCAGGCAUUUCAAGGCGGCAGCGUGAACAUAUGAAACUCUAGAAAUGGUACAACCGGUACCCGUUAAAAAUGAUAGUUUAAGCUAGGGACAUGCCUGUAUUGAUGAGGGAUGCAUAUUUUAUUUGGAAAGGCCAAAACCACUAACACUGCAAGAUACAUGUAUAUUGUACAUUACUGAAAUAGAACUCCCACAUUUAAGUUGCUGGCCUGCUCUCUUAUGUUAUUCUUGUUUGUAGUAGUUCAUCAUUGUGAUAUGCAGUCACGAACGCAUGAUCAUGGUAACGGAAGAAGUUUCCUGGGCCACCACUGAGGAAAGCAGCCAAUAAGCAGUCGUAAGAGUAAAAUUAAAUACCCGCAGACAAAGCUGACUCAGUUUUUUCUCUGGAGAGAAAAUGGUGUAUCUCUAAAUGAACCUGUCGUCAAGCGCCCGUAGGACACCGUUCGUAUUAGAUACUGGACAGUCAUUUGGAACAAAAUGACGAAAAAUAGGAAUACCGCAAAUGUUUUGUCGGAUAUCAUCAGACAUCACACGUAUAUGAACUAACAUAUAUAAAGACAAAGGCUGUCCACCGGAAGAAACAAAAAUAAAACUAUUGAUAACGAUUAUAGUAAACAGCUGUGUACAGAGUAUAGAGACGUGGGGAAGCAGCAAGUAAAUAUCGUCGUAGUUCCCCUCUCUACAAAAACGCGUCACACCAUCCAAUUGAAAUUAUGACUAGCGAAAGAUACGUGUUUGCCCUCCUGUGCCAACGGGGGGCAGUGUUGCGUAGUCUAACUUAUAUAACAGUAAAAAGUGGUUUGAAAGACGAAAUUGAUUAAUAUCGAUCAGUCAGCCGAAUUGAGUACCGAAUGAGUGUGUCCAUCAUUGACGACGAUUGCCCGUAGAAAUGUCAUCAUCAAUAAGAAGCAGCCGCGGCAUCCGACCUUCAGAGAGACAGAAAUUGAAAGAAAGUUGAAUCGCCCAACAAGAUGCCGUGACCGACUGACGACUGUCAAGGAACUACAGGCUGAAAGAUAACGGUGACAGCGCAUUAACGUUUCACUGAGUGCCCCCAGAACGGUACGGACCCUAAAGUCAAUAUACAGGAGGAUUCGGUCGUUCCGACUUGUCUGUUGUGCUACCACUGACCAAUGAAGUACAUCGGCCGUAGAAUGCACUGGUAACUGGUGGCACAGCACGGAAAAAAUCACGACGCCGAUGAUGAUGUCUAGAUCCAAAAGCUAUAUAUAAAUACAUAUUUAUGUAGAUGUAGAUAGCAAAAAUAGCGGACGCAAUAGGCUGACUCUGUGUGUCUGUUCCGCGCGACGGUCGACAUUUUGAUUUUGCUUCUUGACAACAACUAACUACCCCUGUAGUUCAUGAUGACCAUAUGGCAAGUGAAAGAAGAAAGUUUACGGUAUAUAAUGGUAUAAUGCUAUCUAUCUUCGUUUAGUCACUUGAAGCAAUAGGCUAGUGUUAAAACAAAUGGCGUUUGCAGUAAGGGCUCAAAGUAACAGAUUUUCUGGCACGUUUAGGUCAAGCAAGACGAAAACAGAAUCAACAAACUAGCCUCAAACGAUUGUUUUUAGUGAAAAAUUUUUCAUUUGAGCGGCUUGCUAUUACAAUUUGGACCGAGUUUGCAAAGAUUUCGAGAAAGUUACAGCCCUUAUGCUAUGUCGCAAACGGUCCAUAAGCAAGAUAUUCAUCAUUGUUUCCAAUGUCGCAAUAUUUGAAAGCAUUACUGACAAGGUCUCUUCGGACCUUGAAACCGAACAGAUUUUUAGCUUUACCUAGCCUAAAUCUAGCGCUACUGAUGUAGCUGCUCAAAUUGGAAGGAUCACAGAACUUGGGUUUGUGUACGGCACAAAAUGCCGGUGCACAGAAGCUGCCAUUAAGCUGCUACAUCUUGUUCGUCAUAAGGAGAUUGGUCGUUUACGUUUAGCUGCACAUGUUUAAAGGAUGUACACAAAUGACCCUUAGGAAUAAACGUUCGUACAGGAUAUUUCUCUUCUUGUACCCAUGAGUUUGUCAACAUGUGUUAUUAAGCGACGUGAGCAGUCAUUCGGGGCAGAUUAUUAUCGCUUGAUUAUUGUAAGUCGAUCGCUUCUACGGAUGCACAAAGAUGCUUUUGUCUAACGAUGCUUUUGGGCAUGUCAACCACAACACCGGCAGUUUGCCAGCCAGAGAAGAGACCACUUACAAAAAAUAUAUAUAUACAGAUCAGCAGCAUCUGUAGACGUAGCUUAUACUAAAGGCUUCCACAAAAACGAGAUUCCACAAAGGCCGCGACCAUAACGGGCAAAUAGUUCGGCCUACAUUUACCAAGCCCGCAACGAUAAUCAGCGCUCAUAAUAAUAAUGGCGCGCUCUCACAGCAGCUCCGUGUUGUAUUCGAUCAGGCGAAAGAUUGUUCGAAUACUUAUCGUUAAUAUUAAGCUCAACGAAGCAGCAAAGCAAGCCUAAAUACAAAAAAGUAAAGCCGUACCGACACUUUCGUAGUGGAAAGUGUGUUACGUAAAGUCGAGACAGAAAUUCUUCGAAAAUUCGUGAUCACACUCGCGCUAGACAAAUUAUCUACCCUAUGCACAGGAUAUAAGCAUGCUAUGAUUAUUAUGCAGCCAUUGUACAAAAAGCAAACGCCAUACCUAUGACACAAUUGUGUACAGCGCUAUAGAUGCCACAUGAUAGAGUAGCUGGGAGCAAGAAGAGUCAAACACGCAUAAACGGUGAAAUAAAUUGAGCUAAUAAUGGAAAAAAAAACAGUUGCAAGGGUUCUGAGAGCUAACAUUCUAAAUUGCAUCUCUUAUUUAACAAUGUGCACAUAUAUAGAUCUCGAAAUCAGUGUGGCCGUUUACUGACUCUCCGAGCCUAAAUCAACCGAGCGUAUAAUACAACAUUAAUGGGUCUGAUAUUACCGUGUGACGACAACUAGCGCGGUACUGUUUCUAGAAAAUCGUUCGAGAAACAGCGUACAAGUAAUCGAAUUUGCCUUAAUUAGAUGUACUUGAACGCUCUCAGCUGAUAUGCCCAUUGCAUACGUUUUGUUUAUCGAAAUCCAAUUAAAUAUAGAGGUAAGACAAACUCGAAACGAGUUCGAGGUGGGUCAGGCGUGCGAGGACAAAUUACUUUGUAUCCAGGAAGAGUGCCAUGCAUCGUUUGUCAGACGAACGAAUUGUAGGCCUUCUAUGAGCGGAUACAAUGCAAACGACGGCUAAAUAAAAGUAAGUGAAAGUGAUCAUAGAGACGAAUUCAAUCGAAUCAAGCCAAGCCAAACAUGUCUUAAGGAUCGACAGGUGGGAACAAUCAGCUAGCCGUUGUUCAUUCGAAGGCAAAACACAACGAGCCGAAGGUAGGGAAAAUACGUCGAUGAAGUACGAUUACACCGGGACGUGAGAGUCACGGGUCAAGACGGGACGCUGUACUUGAUAAUCGAGGCACAGUUGAUUAUGCCUUGGUAUCAAUAGUUUGUUUACUGUCAUUAUCAAUGAGGUGAAUAGUGAUGAGUUGAGUGUAGCAAAAGUGGUAGAGAAGCGCGUGUGGUGAAAGGCGAGUGUGGCAAUGGCAACUCUUUAUAAUUCAAUGCGGCAGCAAUUUCGCUCUGUGUCUGUAGGUUGAUAGAAAUCUAUAAUAACAUUAAUGAACAUCCAGAUGAUAAUGACGACAAAUAACAUCAACAAAGACAUUACAAUAUUUAUGAAUAGUAACACUGAAUAAUAGUCAUAUAUAGUAAAAACGAAUACUAAAUAAAGGAGAUUUAUGUUACG